UCUCUCAGGAAUCACUGGACUGUACAGUGUGUCCUUCGUCCUCUCACAGAAAUUAACAACAACAAUCAUCUAGAUAGCUGUUGUGUACUUUACUCGAUAAAUAUGUCUACUACGACCGGUGGUGGAGAGUUUGGAAACCCUUUGCGGAAAUUCAAGCUGGUUUUCUUGGGGGAGCAGAGCGUGGGCAAAACAUCACUAAUCACCAGGUUUAUGUAUGACAGCUUCGAUAAUACCUAUCAGGCAACUAUUGGUAUAGACUUUCUGUCAAAAACCAUGUACUUGGAAGACCGCACGGUUCGGCUCCAGCUGUGGGACACUGCAGGGCAGGAGCGCUUCCGCAGCCUCAUUCCCAGCUACAUCCGAGACUCCACUAUUGCUGUGGUGGUCUAUGACAUCACCAAUCUCAACUCCUUCCAGCAAACCUCAAAGUGGAUAGAUGAUGUCAGAACAGAGAGAGGAAGUGAUGUCAUUAUCAUGUUGGUUGGCAACAAGACUGACUUGGCUGAUAAAAGACAGAUUACCACGGAGGAGGGCGAGCAGAGGGCUAAGGAACUGAAUGUCAUGUUCAUUGAAACCAGCGCAAAGACUGGCUACAAUGUCAAACAGCUGUUUCGUCGUGUUGCUGCUGCUUUGCCUGGAAUGGAUGGUACACCAGAAAAGAGCAAAGAAGACAUGAUUGACAUCAAACUAGAGAAGCCUCCAGAGCUACCUGUGACCGAGAGCAGCUGCUCGUGCUAGUAACCACCCUUGUCCCUCACCAGACCCAGUGACUUUUCAGAGUAAACGUGUGGAUAUGCUAUUACUCUGUAUUAAAAUGGAUUCCAAAAAUACAUAUAUUAAUGGGGAAAAAAUUUAAUCACAGCAUAGGUUAUAAAUGCUAAAACCAUUCAGAUUCUCGUCUGUUCUGGCUGCAUGGCAUUAUAUGGGAUUGCAGACUAACAUAACUCAUUUGCUCUUGAGUUUCUUGCACUUAUUUUAACAUCAGUGCUGUCAUAGUUGUUGUAAAGUUAAAAUGUUGCAGAGAAAUCAGCUGUCUGUCCUGGGGCUGAUCAUUUUAGGCCUUUCUUUUUAAGUUCACAGGAGGAGUUGGAAAAACUAGAUAAUAUUGUAUUGUAAACUUCUUUUAAGAUGAGUUUGAAUUUUUUUUUUUUUUUUUUUUAACAUAAAGAUUACGCACUAUUCUGUUGAACACAGUAGUUUUUGUCUGAAGUUAUUUAAAAGAAACAUACUGAUGGCAUCACUUCCAUCUUUAAAUCAUUGUUGUGAAAUGUCAUCACGGACAGAAUAACAUGUACUGAUUAAUCUCUAUUAUCGUAUGUUGUCAUGUUAAGUGUGGCAUUAGGGAUCAGAUAUAAUUGAAGGGUCUUUUGUUUCAGGAUAUAUGUGUAUGGCCAAAUAAAAAGUGUUUGAAGCAGUUUGUUUUUAUGAACAACCUCAUUCUGGACAGACAAAUGUUAUUCUGUAAUCUUAGGAGGAUUGCAUGGAAAUCGAAUGUAUUGCACUGUGGAAAGAAAACAAAAAAGAUUAGGAUAUAACAUUGUUAGAAAAGGGAAGUUACUUUGUAUUCUUAUUUAAUUCAUUAAAACUCAAAACCUAAGAUAUUUAAUGACUCAUCCACAACUGUAGUUACAAAACCUAAUAUUAAUAUUAAAAAUGUGUAUGUACUAACACAACGCUAAUGUCUAAGUCAACACAUCGUUCUGGGGUGCACAGUCUUAUCUGUAGUCCCCCUGCUCAUCCACUCAAUUUCUGCCUUGUUUUUUGCAUGCAGGUUAGAGACGGUUUAACACAAAAUGCCUUGCUUGUUCUGUCAAGUGCACCAAAUCAAGCCACAUUGCUGUGGUUUUCUAGAGUCUAUUAAUAUUGCAUAGAGCUACUGAGGUUUUGUUAAACGGGAUAUAUAGAUUUCUUCCUCAAACACAGCUGUUGCUUAGUGUACAGACAAGUCUUGGUAUUGCUCGUUAUAAGACUGUUGGUUUCAUGUGUUUAUUUAUUAUCUCACUAGUUAAAGAAAAAAUGUGUUGUGUGCUUGACAGUAAUGGCAGUUAGCAAUGUGUGGGAUACAAGUGGUUGAUGUAUAAUUUGCAUUGCUGCCUGGCUACUGUAUUACAAAGACCGAGUUGUUUCACUAUCUUGCCACUUAAAUCACAAUAAUCAAGACUCGCUCCCCUAUUUGUAAUGUUGGGUUUCAAGAAUUUCGCUUGAAUAGGCUUUUAUUCGCUGGGCAGUUAUCACUCAACCCCUAGCAUAAAUCAGUUCCUCUCUCUCUCAUAGUCAACUGUAAACCAACUAAUUUUUCAUCACUGAGACAAAAAAUGAGUGUGUUUUAAACAUUAAUUAUAAUUUGAUAUGUAAGAAUUAAAAAGGAGUGAAAACCCUCCUGAACAGCUCUAUCAAGUUAUCACUGACUGAAUACUCAGCCGUGUGCUAUUCUGAAGUGUGUUGGUCUGUUUGAAAUGCGCUGUCUACAAGUGUUUAGCAAAGUUUGUGUGAACAAAGUACUAUUAUUAUAUGCUGUUAAAAAAAAAAAAAAAAAAAAGGGAAGGUUAAAGAGACACCAAAAUGUAUCACAUUAAUAAAAGAUAUUUC